GAAUAGUCUAAUUGAACCAGAGCACGUUUUGUUUUUAUUAUUGUUUUGCUCAACGAUCCAAGAAAGACUAGAAGCGAAAGAAAUGUUAAAAAAGGAUACAAAUCCUUUUGCCCAACUGGGACUUAGACCAUGGCUGACAAAACAAUUAACAAAACUUGGCUUGAAACAAGCUACUCCCAUUCAGCAAGCAUGCAUUCCCUCAAUAUUGGAUGGUAAAGAUUGUAUAGGCGCAGCUAAAACUGGUUCAGGGAAAACAUUUGCCUUUGCCUUACCCAUUUUGGAGAAAUUAAGUGAGGAACCUACCAGCCAUUUUGCCUUGAUUCUAACACCAACUCACGAGUUGGCCUAUCAAAUUUCGGAACAGUUUCUGGUGGCUGGCCAACCAAUGGGCGUAAGAGUAUGUGUUGUUUCUGGUGGCACUGAUCAAAUUAUUGAGGCACAAAAGUUGAUGCAAAGGCCUCAUAUUGUGGUGGCUAUGCCUGGACGUUUGGCAGAUCAUUUAACUGGCUGUGAUACAUUUUCAUUUGAUAAUUUAAAGUUUUUAGUAGUGGAUGAAGCUGAUCGCAUGUUAAAUGGUGAUUUCGAUGAAAGUCUGAAGAUAAUAGAACAAUGUAUACCGAAGAACCGACAGAAUCUUUUCUUUUCGGCAACCAUGAAAGAUUUUAUCAAGGAGAGUAGCAUAUUCCCAAUAUCAAAAGAUUGUUUGGAAUGGUCAGAAGAAUUUCAAGUAGCCACAGUGGAAACAUUGGAUCAACGUUAUCUGUUGUGUGCUGAUUACGAUCGUGAUAUGGUGCUGAUUGAGGCCUUACGUAAAUACCGCGAAGAGGAUGAAAAUUCAAAUGUCAUGAUCUUUACGAAUACCAAGAAAUACUGCCAACUAUUAUCAAUGACUUUGAAUAAGGUGGGCAUACAAAAUGUUUGCCUACAUGGGUUUAUGCGUCAAAAGGAACGUGUGGCUGCCCUCAAUCGUUUCAAAUCACGUCAUGUUCGUACUCUCAUUGCCACCGAUGUGGCAGCUCGUGGUCUGGAUAUUCCAAGCGUUCAAUUGGUUAUAAAUCAUCGUUUGCCUCGAACACCUAAAGAAUAUAUACAUCGUGUCGGGCGUACAGCACGAGCCGGACGAAAGGGUAUGGCUAUUUCUAUAUUCCGUUUUCCGAGAGACUUGGAGUUAUUGGGUGAAAUAGAACAGGCCAUUAAUACAAAAUUGACGGAACAUCCUAUCGAUCAAAAAAUGGUUGAACGAAUUUUCAUGCAAGUAAAUGUUACACGGCGAGAAUCGGAAAUUGAAUUGGAUAAUAAUGACUUUGAUGAAAGGGCCCAAAACUAUAGGCGAAAGCAAUGGAUACUGGAGGGUAAAGAUCCCGAUGAAAUGGAAAAUCUAUACCGUAAAAAACAAAAGGACAAAAUUAAGGAAAUUAAAAGAAAACGUAAAGAACGUCAAAACGAAACCCAAAACGAAGGACCUCCAGCUCUUGUGCAAGAUGAUCGUUUUAAAGAUGUCAAUGCGGAACGUUUCCAGAAAAAGAAGAAGAAAAAAUCUACCAACAAUGAAGUAACCACAAGUUCCGACCAACAAAACAAGAAGAAGAAGACAAAGGUCGAUAAACGUUUUAAAACAGCUCUGCCUAAUAAAAAAUCCAAAACACUGUUAAUAGGACAAAAAAAUAAAAAGAAAACAUGAAAAAAAUAAGAAA